CGGACUUUUGCGUUAUGGCGUACUACACUCUGUUACAUGCUAUGAGUGAACGGAAUCCUAUUCCAUAUAGAGUCCUUGCUGCUAACUUCACCUACGGACGCAACUACGGACGCAGACAUCAGGGUACUACCUGCCAAAAUAAUAAGUUGUCUCAGCGUGAAGGUCUCAAGUGUGUUCUCGGUGGAGCUUUACGCCCAACACUUCUCGCUCUCGUCCAGCCCGUCAGGCCAGUAUGUCCAGUGAUCCUCCUCCUCCGUACCCUGGAGGUCCCAGCGCCCCCCUCAUUGAGGAGAAGAAUGGACAACCAGCACCUGUAAGAACAGCGCCCCUGCAAGGACAGCCUCUACCUCCAGACUAUGGCCCGCCCCCUUAUGAAGGCCCACACCCGGGGUUCCUCCCACCACACGUUCCUGGAGAGGGUCCCAUGCCCAUGCCUAUGCCGAUGCCAAUGCCCCCGCCACCCCAAGGUGCUGCCUACCCUCCGCCGCCUCCCGGCCACUAUCCCCACCCGAUGCCGGGACCGGGACAGAUGGGCCCGGGCCCCUUCGUCCACAUGGGGGGCCACACAGCCACCGUCAUGGCUCCGCCGGGCGCCGCCACCACCGUGACCGUGCUACAGGGCGAAAUGUUCCAGACGUCGCCGGUGCAGACGGUGUGUCCGCACUGCCAGCAGGCCAUCGUCACGCGCAUCUCGCACGACGUGGGCCUCAUGAACACGCUCUUCUGCCUCUUCUGCUUCUUCGUGGGGUGCGAUCUGGGCUGCUGCUUAAUUCCCUGUCUGAUCGACGACCUCAAGGAUGUGACACACACCUGCCCUUACUGUAAGGGCUACAUCUACACAUACAAGCGUAUAUGUUAACCCCUGACAUGCAGGGACACACACACUGGCUCACAGCUCCCCCUGCUGGUAGUGACAGGCUUUUCACCCUUACUUUUGCACCGUGUCACCACCGUCUUUCUCUUCGCACAUGCAGUUAAUAUAUUGUAUAUAUCUCCCACCUCAUACAUUCAUGCAAAAGUCUGGCUGCUUUUUAUUUUCUCGGGAAGUGAAGGCUUGUUUUGUGACAAUGUUACAUGUGUAAGUGAAGAAAACAGUAGGGAAACUGAAACUGGUCACUUUAUUUGAACUUAUUUGUAAAUCUCACCAUGAAGCAAGCUGGGGUUUAUUGUUUUGUUUUAAAAUUUUGCUUCUGUCAUAUUUAUGUAGAAUAUUUGAUUCUUAGUUUUAACAAGAUUAUAUUGAAAACUGUGAACAUGUGUGUCUUUCGUCCUGACUUGUCCAUCUAUAUAUUUACUCGUUCUAGACUCAUUUUAGACUGUUUUUGUUUGAGUUUAAUGUUCCAGGCCUCAUUCGGUAUGCACAAAGUGAUUUACAGGUGGGAUGUUCUCUCGUUUAUGCUCCUUUGUUUGUGAUGUACUUUUAAUAAAGCCAGCAUUUGCACUUUUAAGGCCAAACUCACCCUCAAAUACGUCAUACAGCCUGUCGCUUCAUCAGUCAUUAUAGUGAAGGCUUUUUUGUUGUUGUUAAAAGGGGAAGUCACAAAGUUCCUGUGUACCAGUGGAGACGGGUUUGGCAUCUAAUCUGAUCUCAAUGUAGAUUGUAUCCUAACUGUAGGCUGAAUGUUUUGUCACCGCCGCAGUAAUUAAGAAUGUUGGGGAACACAUUAUGUUGAUUAUCAGUCACUAUUCCCCCCCCCACACACACCUUUUUUUAACAUACUACCUUGAUCACAAGCAUGACAAAUACUAAGUCUACAAUUAAUAUAAUUACUAAAAUAGGCUGUUACAUAUAGUAGUUAUUCCCAAUAAAACAAUUAUUCAUAAACAGCAUGCCCCAUUGUUUCGCUCAAUAAAAUGCAGAGCCAAAAUAACAGCAUAGCUCCGUGACUUACGUGUGUUUGAGUUGCUAAGCUGUACAAAAAAAACUUAGUAAGAGCAUUGAGGUUUCUACGACAUAAGUACUGUAUGCCAUUGUGAUGGGGGGCAAAUGCCAAUCUGCAUUGCUCUCUAAAUGUCUGUGAUAUGUGUAACUAUAAGUCUAAUUUUGUUUUGACAGUUGUAUACAGGUACUAUUUUAUCAAUAAAAGUCUGAACAUCA